AUGGUUGCUGUAGUUCGAGUAGCUCCGAAUGCUGCUACAAGAGCAGUUAGUCUUCUACGGACGGUUCAGUAUGCUCACCCGCCAAAUUGUCCAUGUCAUUCAAACCCGGGACAUCAUCAUCAUCAUGCAAGACCACAAAUUAAUGCGUAUGCUCAGCAUACCAAUAGACGGACAGGGAGACGCGGCUUUGCUUCCCCUAUAGACUUUUCUCAGCAGAAGGAAUAUGCGUUUGAGAUGGCCGCCUCUUCAAUCCGAUUUGGCCCUGGUGUCACCCAAGAAGUUGGCAUGGACUUUAAGAACAUGGCUGCUAAACGUGUUUGUGUCGUAACUGACUCAACUGUUCGAAAACUCACUGCUGUCAAACAAGUAGAGGAGGCCUUAUCGAGAGAAGGGAUAGAAUAUGAAAUAUUUGAUAAAGUACGAGUUGAACCAAAGGAUAGUUCUAUCAAAGAGGCUAUUGCAUUUGCUAAACUACAUCAACCGGAUGCUUACCUUGCAGUAGGCGGGGGCUCGGUGAUAGACACGGCUAAAUUGAUGAACCUCUACACCGAGUAUCCCGAUGCUGACUUCCUAGAUUUCGUUAAUGCACCGUUAGGUAAAGGACGGCCAAUUGACAAAAAGCUUAAGCCUCUAGUCGCUAUUCCCACCACAGCUGGUACUGGUAGUGAGACGACUGGUACGGCUAUUUUCGACCUCGUAGAAAAGAAGGCUAAGACUGGCAUUGCGCAUCGCAACUUAAAACCGACCCUCGGUAUAUGCGACCCGCUCAACACUAGGACGAUGCCUUCAGCAGUGAAGGCGAGCUCGGGACUGGAUGUCCUCUGCCACUCGCUUGAGUCGUGGACAGCCAUCCCGUUCAAUGAAAGAGUACCCCGGCCCUCGAAUCCCAUAUUAAGACCUGCGUACCAGGGCGCAAAUCCUAUCAGUGACAUAUUUUCUCUAAAUGCACUCCGAAGUACCGUUAAAUACCUACCGAGAGCAGUCAAGGACCCAGAAGAUUACGAAGCCCAAAGCGAGAUGCUCCUCGCCGCCACGCUUGCUGGGGUUGGUUUUGGAAAUGCUGGUGUUCACUUAUGUCACGGAAUGUCAUAUCCCAUCUCCGGUCAAAAUCCCGGUUACAAGCAUGCGGGAUAUGAUGUAGCGACGCCCAUCAUUCCUCAUGGCGUUUCGGUCGCAGUGUCAGCGCCCGCCGUGUUCCGAUUUACGGGUGCGUCGAACCCUGAUCGCCACCUCGCUGCCGCAGAAGCGUUUGGUGUGGAUAUCACGAACGUAAAACGUGAGGAUGCUGGCGAAGUCCUAGCCGACGCCAUCACACAAUUCCUUGCUGAGCUAGGAGACCAACCUAAGGGACUUAAAGAAUUAGGCUUUGACUCGAGCCACAUCGACGCCCUAGUUGAGGGGACGAUACCUCAAGCCAGGGUUCUGAUGCUGGCGCCUGGUCUAGCUAAGGAACUCGAGCAAGAGAGGGAUCAGCUGAGGAGGCUUUUCGAGGAGGCGUUAACGCACUGA